UUGUGCUUGCACACAAAGCCCUUAAACCCAAGCCCUCAGUUGAGAAACAAACAACUCUAUACACUUCCCUUGGAUCUGACAUACUACCAUAUUUUGGAAUAACAACAAACGAAGAUGUCUGUAAAGGUGUUGAAUCCAAAUGCAGAAGUGCUCAACAAAUCAGCAGCGCUUCAUAUGAACAUCAACGCCGCCAAGGGUUUACAAGAUGUUCUCAAAACCAAUCUUGGUCCUAAAGGCACCAUCAAGAUGCUUGUUGGUGGUGCUGGUGACAUUAAGCUCACUAAGGAUGGUAAUACGUUGUUGAAAGAAAUGCAAAUUCAGAACCCAACUGCAAUAAUGAUUGCUAGGACUGCUGUAGCUCAAGAUGAUACUAGUGGGGAUGGUACUACAUCUACUGUGCUUUUCAUUGGGGAGCUCAUGAAACAAUCUGAACGAUGCAUAGAUGAAGGGAUGCAUCCUCGUGUGCUAGUUGAUGGUUUUGAAAUUGCAAAAAGAGCUACUCUACAAUUUCUUGAAAAAUUUAAGACUUCUGUAGUGAUGGGUAAUGAGCCAGAUAAAGAGAUAUUGAAGAUGGUUGCAAGAACGACAUUGAGAACAAAGUUGUAUGAAUCACUGGCUGAUCAGCUGACUGACAUUGUUGCGAAUGCUGUGCUCUGCAUUCGCAAGCCUGAAGAACCUAUUGAUCUUUUUAUGGUUGAGAUAAUGCACAUGCGUCACAAGUUUGAUGUAGACACUCGUUUGGUUGAGGGUCUUGUACUUGAUCAUGGUUCAAGACAUCCAGACAUGAAAAGGCGAGCAGAGAACUGCUACAUUUUGACUUGUAAUGUCUCUCUUGAGUAUGAGAAGAGUGAAGUAAAUGCAGGCUUCUUCUACUCAAAUGCAGAGCAGAGAGAGGCUAUGGUUACUGCAGAAAGGCGUUCUGUUGAUGAGAGGGUGCAAAAGAUAAUUGACCUAAAGAACAAGGUUUGCGCUGGAAGUGACAAGAAUUUUGUUGUUAUUAAUCAGAAGGGGAUUGAUCCUCCAUCUCUUGACCAACUUGCUCGGGAAGGAAUAAUCGCGCUUCGAAGGGCAAAGAGGAGAAAUAUGGAACGUUUGGUUUUGGCUACUGGCGGGGAGGCAGUUAACUCUGUUGAUGACCUAACUCCUGAGUGCCUUGGCUGGGCUGGGCUGGUCUACGAGCAUGUUCUUGGUGAAGAGAAGUAUACCUUUGUAGAAAAUGUCAAAAAUCCUCAUUCCUGUACUAUUCUUAUCAAAGGUCCUAAUGACCACACAAUAGCUCAAAUCAAGGAUGCAGUUCGUGAUGGACUAAGGGCAGUAAAAAAUACCAUUGAAGAUGAAGCAGUUGUACUUGGUGCCGGCGCCUUCGAAGUUGCAGCUCGACAACACCUGAUUAACGAAGUGAAAAAGACUGUUAAGGGGCGUGCCCAACUUGGAGUGGAAGCUUUUGCCAAUGCCCUCCUUGUUAUACCAAAGACACUUGCUGAGAACUCUGGCCUUGAUACUCAAGAUGUGAUCAUUUCUCUGACGGGAGGGCAUGACAACGGAAACGUUGUCGGACUAAAUCAGCACACUGGAGAACCUGUAGAUCCACAAAUGGAGGGGAUAUUUGAUAAUUAUUCCGUGAAGCGUCAGAUUAUUAAUUCCGGGCCUGUUAUAGCAUCUCAGCUGUUACUUGUCGAUGAAGUAAUUCGUGCUGGACGAAACAUGAGGAAACCAACUUAGCUUUGUCUGUCUGAAGGAAACAAGUCAAAUGUACUGAAUUCCAUUUCCAUGGUCGUGAAAAAUGAACUCGUCAGCUUUUGUUGUCCAUAGUUUCACAAUGCCGGGAUUUCAUUCUUUUAACAUGUCCUUUGCAGAACAAUUGGCAUAAAGGAGUUAUAUCAAUCUAAAAUUGUGAAAAGAUAUAAGGUUUAUACUCAUCUUUUCCUUAUGAAUGUAUAAGGUUGAUGUCCUCGACUAGGAGGUUGUUUGCGUGGGGGUAGAUUUGUUAAAAAGCCCCUGGCAGUUCAAUGUGUAACAAUUGCAAACUGCAGUGCAAGCAGAUGCUAAUGGAUCUCUUAGAUGGACAACUAUUUUUAAUUUGACCAUAAAAUGCCAGUUGUGUA